AUGGAGGCAGGAUCGGCGGCUGGAGCUGCGCCACGGGGGCUUCAGCAGGCCGACGGGGCUAGCCACAAGACAGCAGCGACUACUACUCAUAGGCAGAGCGUUAUUUCGCCUUCGCAGGUGCAGAAGGGGAUGCCAGCGGGUGGAAGUAUUGGAGAUAAUGGCACAGCGAGGCUGACGAUGGAGGAGAAGCUGGCACUCUGGCGGCAGGCCAAGCUACAGAAGCAGAAGGCGGGAAGCAAUAAAAACACAACCGGUGGGGGCAGCAGAUGCAGCUUGGGUGGAACUGCUACGAGAAAUGGUGGCGUCAAGAGGAGACUCGUGGAGGCGAAGGCGAUGGGAUGUUCGACCAAGACAACUGCCACGGCCACCUCUGCGGAACCAAGCGUCAAGAACUUGUCUACCCGGAAGAAAUCUCGUGCGGCUAGCGACUUUCGAAGGAAUGUGGCGAAGUCUAUCAACGUAAAACCACCUCUACCGGUGUCAACCGAGAAGACCCCAAACUCAGCUUCAGCAGCUCGUGUGUCUCCCGACUUUCGAAGGAAUGCCGCUAAACCUACGACACCAAGUCUAGUGGUCACUGCGGAACCGCAUCUACCGCUACCAACGCCGAAGAGCUCAAAAUUGGCUUCAGCGGCUCAGAGCCAGGAAGGGGGGAGUCUCCAGCAUCCCAUUGUCAUCGAUGGAGCUAGCGCUAUGGCAUUUACUAGCCCAGCCUCUACCGCCAAAGUGAGGCCACCACAUCCGGUAUCAGCAAAACGUGCCAGUGCGCCGAAGCCAGCUGCAGUGACGCGAAGUAAGCAAGGGAGUCCCCAAUCUCCCGUUGUUAUCGACGAUGAUGGCGAGCUGAAGCCAGUGGACCCCCUUCAGCGUCAGCCCAGCUGCGUUUCUGAUAGAGAGAUUUCUACCGCGCUAAGCGAAGCCCAGACAAGGCAGAAUCCACCGCUGGUGGCAUCGACGGCAGAGCCUAACGGUAGAUCCAACGACCGAGAAAUACCGAUCUCCGUCAGCCAGGCUGCGUCGAAUCAAAGGUGUAUUUCGACGGACAAUGAGAGCGUGGCAUCACACCCCAGGGCACUAUGGACUAAUGACCCUGCGUUUGACAAGGAGAAUCAGAGCGAAGGUUCUAUCCAGACCAACCAAAGUCCUCCAGCGCCUGCCGCUGCUGCCACUGUGGAGAAGAAGUCCGAGAUAUUGGCGAAAGAUCUUAUCAGACUCGCCAUUGAAUUUGAAAAGAAGCGCCGUGUUGUCACCGCCUACAGCAUCUUCAAGCGGGCGAACCAUCUUCUCCCGAAGGAGAGCACUAGGCUGAUUGAACGUCUUGACCGGCUACAACAAGAGUGCCCGGCAGCAGAGAAUCAAGCGCCAUCCCAAGAACUAUCGACCGCUGCGUACAUGGUGAACGUUCUCGAGCGGGACUUGAUGUCUGUUCUAAACCACGGCACGACAAGCGACCUCACGGAUCUUCACGCUAUCGGCGCUAAAAGGGCCGAACUUGUGCUCGACAAGCGGCCGUAUCAACAGCUCGAGGAGUUGCGGAGGGUGCCCGGCAUGUCGGCUAACGUGAUCGCGAGGCUGCACCAGCACCACACCAAGUGGGAAAACCAUCAGUGA